GACAAUCAAACGUGGAUUUCGUGACGUUUGUUGCUCCCAGCAUCUUUAUCCCUUUCAGAUUUAUGGCCCAAUCCACGUUGCAUCUUUGUUUUUAGAGGGGAGGAGCGUAGGAAUAUUACCAAAAAAAACCACGAAGAGCGCUUGGCAACGAAACUUCACAUGAACCUCACUUAAAUUGUCAUAACAGAUUGUAGGUUAUAAUUUCUAUCUAAAUUUGUUUGGGAAAGUUGGAACUUACCCCCUACGGAAUGUUUAAACUAUUGCGUAGAAGGUCUCAAAAAUUAACCCAGUGCGCUUUUAAUCAGUACUGUUGCAGUUUCUCGGAAAACGCUGAACUCAAAGACAAAUUGGUAGAAACUAGCCCAGAGAAACCCGCAAUCAGAUUGAAGUCCUUAAACCAGAAAAAACGAACAGAAGUGACCAAAGAAGAUUUGGUAUGGAGAACACCGUGGCAUCAAAAGAACGUAGAAUAUUACUCUACGCUAAGAACAUUUUACACGGAAGAUAACCAGAUUAGCCUGCUGAAAUGGAUACAACAGCCUAUCGAUUUGAGUCCUGCUUCUAUAAAAAACUGGUACAAUAGGCUGAAGGAGCAAAGGGAGAAGAUUUUGCAGCGCUACAUACCAGACAGGCACAGUAUAUUAGGUCCUGAGUUGGCUUGCGCACAUUUCAUCGUCUACCGAGGCGGAGCCGUGAAAUUCCACAACGACGAUAAAUGGAUAAAAGCCGUUAAUGGAGAGUACAGUUUACCAAACCGGUACAGAACUGACAUGUACUUGCAAGCCAUAGAUUGCUCUAAUACGUCUUUAAGAUACGAGGGUCUCGACAACCUUAGAGGGCUUCAGAAUGUUGAGUGGUUGAGUCUCAACGGGUGCGAGCACAUAGACGAUUACUGUAUGGAUGUAAUUACAAAUAUUUUUUCGCAUAGCUUGGUUUACUUGGAUAUUAGGAACAUUUUUAGUAUUUCUGAAAGGGGGCUGGGCGCCUUGUAUAAAAUGAACCAUCUUAAAAUGCUGUAUUUGGACGAUAUGUUAAAGGACACGCGUUAUGAACUUACCUGUUUACUUUUAGAGGAACUCAAUUCGGCAUUAGAGAUAAAGAGCGACGUAGUAAAAUUUGAAAUUGAAUAAACCGACCUGUGUUUAACAGUAUUUGAAUAAAUGCAAUGACAAAAAAUA